AUGUCGGACAGCCUCUCUGAUGCGGAGAAGAUCCGCAACAAGCGCCUAGCAAAGCUCUCCAACCCAACGCCAACUUCACCAGCUGAUGGCCCUGCCGACUCGUCUGCGAACACCUCGAGCCCCUCUCCUACCCAGUCGCCUUUGUCCGCACCCAAUUCAUCCGAGCCACAAAAUGGGCCAGCCUCCACGACACAGACACCAGGAUUCUCGGAAGGCAAGCGGAUAAAGAUCACUCCUGCGGCUUCUGCUUCCGAGAAACCUCGGUCUCCUGCGCCCUCGUCGCCCGCAACCCCUCCUCCGAUAAAGCAGGAGAGCAUCGAGUCUUUUGAGGACCGCACAUUGGGCGCAGUUUUCAGGCUGGCCCUGAAGCAGGAUUCACAGCGUGAUAUAAAUGGGCAGCGGAUAUUCCUCCCAGGGCUGCAGAGCGAGCUGCAGAGUGAGGGUAAGGAGCUCCUUAUCCAAACGUCUAUCCUGGAUCAGGCACUGCUGGAGGCUGCAUCGAACCAAGAGCAGCGGCGUCCGCUUGACUACUUGCUACCGUGCUGGAAGCGCAUCACAAAACUUCACAAAGGCUUCCGGAAGGCACGAGAGGAUGACCCGAAGUUCCAGGUGCUAUGCGAGGCGCGACGCCUUUGCAUGAGCUACUGCAUUUUCGCCAUCACGAUGCCCGAGAUGUUUGGGCUGGACUCUCCCGAGCGAUCUCCAUUAGCGCAAUAUCUUUUAUUGGAUCCAGAAGAUGACAAAGGCAUUGAUUUUGACUUUAUCAGCGAGGCUGUAAAACGGUUUGACGAGGACGAGAGCGUUAAGCCUGCUUUCAUUGCGGCAGUAGAGGAAUUAAGCGCUGAGCUAUCCUCAAUGAACGCCAAUGAUGACUACAAACCCUACUGCACGGCGCUGCGCAACCUUGUGCGUCAUUCGGCUAUUGCCGCCGCUAUCACAGAGUCCUCCAUUUUCAACGCUUCGAGAGAUUCAGCUAAGUUCGAGAAGGAAACUCUUCUGGGACCGUGGUUCCAUCUGUCGCCCCUUCAAUCCAACGUGACCAUGUCAUUCUUCUCCAGCCCAAAAACUAGAGACCAGGGGUAUAUCUCGAAUGCCCAGCGAUCUCUUCGCAUGACACAACAAAUAAUCAGCUCGGAUCUUCUUGAUGUCAUCAAUCAUAUGAUCCGUGCUUCCAAAGAAGCCCGGGAUCGAGUCUUGGACUGGUUCGCUACCGCGUUGAACAUCAACCAUAAGCGACGGGCUAUGCAAGUCGACCCUACGCAAGUCUCAUCUGAUGGAUUCAUGUUCAAUAUUACCACAUGCCUGGACCAGCUCUGCGAGCCGUUCAUGGACGCGAGUUUCAGUAAAAUCGAUAGGAUCGACGCCGAGUACCUCCACCGGAACUCUCGAGUGGACAUGCGUGAUGAAACCAAGAUCAACGCAGAUCAACAUGCUUCAGAUGCCUUUUAUUCCAACAAAGCCGAAGGAACCUCUAACUUUAUCACAGAGAUCUUCUUCUUGACGGUUGCCGCCCACCACUACGGCAGCGAAUCGUUGACUUCCAAGUUGGAACAACUCGAGAAGGAUCUGCGACACAUGGAAUCUACCGUAACUAAGUUCGAGCUCGAACGACACAGGUGGAUGAGCAACCCCAUGCAACUUCGAGUAUAUGAACAAGCCCUCAAAAAGUACAAGGACAAACUUGAUCUGGGCCUCGCGCUGAAGUACAGUCUGCAGGGUGUGCUCUUUGACGACCAGUGGCAGGGUCGCUCAAUGAUGUUCAUGCGGUACGUCACCGUAUGGCUACUGAGACUUGUUUCGGGCGUGAACUUCCCCAAGCAACAGAUCGCUUUGCCUCUGCCCGAAGAGCAGCCCGAGGUCUUCAAAUGUCUGCCUGAGUAUUUCCUGGAGGACAUUGUCAGCAACUUCAAAUUCAUCAUGUGGUGUAUGCCCCAAAUCAUCACUGCCACGCAAGGUGAUGAGCUCGUGAUGCUCUGCAUUGCAUUCCUCGAAAGCUCAGCAUACAUCAAGAACCCAUACCUGAAGGCCGGUCUGGUUUCCAUUCUGUUCCGCGGAACCUGGCCCCGCCCUGGCGGUGCAAGUGGCGUUCUUGUAGACUUGCUAAACUCGAUGCCAUUCGCCAACGAAUAUCUAUUACAUGCUGUAAUGAAAUUCUACAUCGAAGCAGAACAUACUGGCACGCACACUCAGUUCUUUGACAAGUUCAACAUUCGUUACGAGAUUUUCCAGAUCAUUAAGUGUAUCUGGCCCAACACUCUGUACCGCGAAAAGUUAUCCAUCCAGGCAAGCGAGAACCUGGACUUUUUCGUUCGGUUUGUCAACCUGCUUCUCAACGACGUGACGUAUGUGCUCGAUGAGUCUUUCGGUGCAUUCAAGACCAUCAAUACCACCCAGAUAGAGCUUGCGCGGGAAGGCAGCUCGAUGGAUCAGACCACUCGGCAACAACGCGAAGAGCACCUUUCAUCUGCGCAGCGAAGUGCCAAGUCAUACAUGCAGCUUACCAAUGAGACGGUUGCCAUGCUCAAGCUUUUCACAGAGGCACUGGCAGACUCAUUCACCAUGCCGGAGAUUGUCCAGCGUCUGGCUGACAUGCUGGAUUAUAACCUCGAUGCCAUGGUUGGCCCGAAGAGCUCCACCCUGCGCGUGGAUAACCUGCAAGAGUACGGGUUCAAUCCCCGAGCUCUUCUCAGCGAAAUCACCGACGUGUAUCUCAACUUGAUGGCCAAGCCAAACUUUAUUACAGCAGUAGCCCGUGACGGACGUUCCUAUAAGCCCGCGAACUUUGAGAAGGCUGCUGAGAUCUUGCGCAAGUGGUCGCUGAAAUCACCGGAAGAGAUGCGCCGCUGGAGUCAGCUUCAGAAGAAAGUUGUCGAGGCCAAGGCACUUGAUGACCAGGCCGAGGAGGAUCUUGGCGAGAUUCCUGAUGAGUUCCUCGACCCCCUUAUGUACACCCUCAUGGAAGAUCCCGUCAUUCUGCCCAACUCCAGGAUGUCAAUUGAUCGGGACACCAUCCGCACACACUUGCUCAGCGAUCCCCACGAUCCCUUCAACCGUGUUCCCUUGAAGAUGGAGGACGUCAUACCCGACACGGCACUCAAGGCUAGAAUUGACGCAUUUGUCAGCGAGAAGACUGGCAAGAAGGCAUUGGAGCCAAUGGACACCUCGGCUGGUUAG